AUGAUCGUACAAGAACCCGUACAGGCUGCUAUUUGGCAUUGUUUAAAUCAUUACGAUUAUGACGAUGCUAUAUUUCUAUCAGAACGCUUGUAUGCUGAAGUCAACACUGAAGAGAGCCUGUUUUUAUUGGCCACAGCUUAUUUUAGAAAUGGACAAAAAGACCAUGCUUAUUAUACUUUAAAAGGCAGAACUGGAAACUCUUCCCAAUGUAGAUAUUUGUUAGGAAUUUGUGCUUAUGAGCUUGAAAAAUAUGCAGAAGCCGAAGCAACAAUAUUAGAAGAGGCAACCAAUAGCAAUACAUUGGAUGAUGAAGCCAUUAUCAAGGAAUUUGGAGAGCAAGCUUGUUUUGUUUUGUUAUUGCUUGGAAAGAUUGCAGCUAAAACGGAACGAAAGACAAGGGCUUUAGAGGCUUGGAAAAAAGCUUUGAAGUUGAAUCCAUUUCUUUGGUCAAAUUUUGAGAAUCUCUGCAAGAUAGGAGAUAGAACUGAUCCAAAAACUGUGUUUCAAUUAAAUAAUAUUGAAAAUAUAUCAAUGUGCCAAGGUAAUAGCAUCAGUAAUAUCGAUAGUGUUAUAAUUACUAACAAUCUUGCAACUGCUAAUACAGAAGAAAGUUUUUUAACACCAGAACAAUUGAUUAAUAGUAAUCCAAUUUUGAUUUGUAAUUCAAAUGCGAAAUUGUUCAAUACACCAGCUGAAGAAAGCCCUUUGGCUCAUCCAAUACCCCUAUCUGGUGUUCAUCCUAUGGCUACAUCUAUGCAGAAAUUUAGAAAUAGAUUUUCUGAUGUAGGAGGGACUCCUAGGAGUGGAUACCAAUCGACAUUGCCAUCUUUCGGGCUACUAUUCGACACGCCCGACGAAAAUUUGGGCACCCCUGAUAUGUCACCGACCACUUUAACGGAAUCAAACAACCACCAUCAGUCGCUAGCGAAGAGAGUCAGAGCGCAAGUCGAUCAGUUUAUCGGUCGCAAGGAAUCGAUAUUCCAAAAUUGCAAACCGGUAUUCAGUCAAUCCACUAACGUUCCAGUCACCAAAUCCCCUACGAUUCCAUUGGCGGUUCAACCGGGCCAGAACGUCAGACGCAGUUCCAGAUUGUUCAGCAACAGCUAUUCAGUCAAAGAAAACAACAAAUCUCCUAAUCGUAAUAAAUUCGCUACACCGAAAUCACCUUCCAGAAAAACCAAGCAACGUCUAGCUAAAUGCAAUCUAAACAAAAAUGCAAACUAUUCAGAAUUGAACACUAAGAAUAAGAAUGAAAAGGAGAAAAAUGAAACGGUCACUUCUGCCGAUUCGUUGAAGCCGGACAAAGGAGUGUUAUCUAACGCGACUGAAAAUUGUUUGUUGCAAGUUGUAAAUAUGCAGAAACAAAGCGCAGAAGGUUUGAUGUCUUUGCUACGAGAAAUAGGACAAGCAUAUUUGGAUCUAUCACAAUUUAAUUGCGAAGCUGCUAUAAACCGCCUCAAUGAACUACCCCCGAAUCAAUUCAACACUUCCUGGGUACAAUCCUUAUUGGGUUUGGCUUACUUUGAACAAUCCGAUUUCGAAAAUAGUAUUAAAUACUUUGGAGAGGUACACAGCGAGGAACCGUAUCGUUUGGAAUACAUGGAUACUUACUCAACAGCUUUGUGGCACUUACAAAAAGAAGUGGCCCUAUCAGCUUUGGCGCAAGAUCUAUUAAACUUGAAUAAAAACUCUCCGGUAACGUGGUGCGUUAGCGGGAACUGCUUCUCGUUGCACAAGGAGCACGACACAGCCAUCAAAUUUUUCCAAAGGGCCGUACAGGUCGAUCCGAAUUUCCCGUACGCGUAUACGUUGUUAGGACACGAAUACAUCACGACUGAGGAGUUAGAUAAGGCGAUGAGUUGCUUCAGGAACGCCAUAAGACUGGAUUCGCGGCAUUAUAACGCCUGGUUCGGCAUUGGAACGAUUUAUUCCAAGCAGGAACGUUAUAAAUUGGCCGAGAUGAAUUACGCCAAGGCGUUGUCGAUAAAUGCGAAGAGUUCCGUCAUUCUUUGUCACAUAGGUGUGGUGCAACACGCUCUAAAAGAAACCGAGAAAGCGCUCAACACGUUCAACGUGGCCAUCGCUAACAAUCCAAAGAGUCCAUUGUGCAAGUUCCAUAGAGGCUCCAUAUAUUUCGCUUUAGGUAGGCACGCGGAGGCGCUCAAAGAGCUGGAAGAGCUGAAGGAAAUUGUACCCAAAGAGUCAUUAGUUUACUAUUUAAUAGGUAAGGUACAUAAGAAAUUAGGUAACACCGAUUUGGCGUUGAUGCACUUCAGUUGGGCGACCGAUUUGGACCCGAAAGGGGCCAGCAGUCAAAUCAAGGAGGCGUUCGAUCCCUCUAUCGGCAGAAGCACGACCGAAAUCGAUGAUUCUCCGAUAUCGCCCGCGCCGGACGAAUACCAAUCAGAAAGUAAUUCGGGUCAAAGAUUCGGGCCGUUGAAUUUCAACGGCCUGCCCGACGACAGCGAAGAUAGUUUUUAA